UUCUCCCCUGUUUCUUCUGCUUAACUGGAUCCCUCAAGCUUCUCUUCUAAAACUCCUCUGCUUCCUCUGUUUUCUCAAAAUGUUCUAUUCACCUUGUAGAGAAAUGGGUUCUCCAUCUUCUACACCGGUGAAUCCACGGAAACAAACAUUACCACCAAAGAGAGGUCAGAUCAAGAUCAGAAUAAUCAAGUGCCUGUUCCGAUUAGUCACGACCCUCGCAUCCAUGGCCACAAAGAAAGGAAGAAAUAAGGGCAGAGAAAAGGGAAGCAGACUCAGUUCGGGCUGCACAACCACAGCUGCAAGUCCAAGUGGGAACCCCUCGGAUGGUUCUUUGACUUACUGAGUUGAGUCAUUUUUUAUGAUCCUGGAGCGUGUUCAUUGUUUUAUUAUGGCACCAAUUUUCGUACUUCUCCUUUAAAAUUUUUUUGGUCUUUUUUUCUUCCCCUUCUAAUCCUUAUAGAAGAAAACUUAAUAGAAUGGAUUGAGGGAGGGUAUUGUAAUUUAACUAUUCAGUUUUGGCUAAUUUUUCCUCCGCAUUUUUGUGUGUAAUUUGUUCUGUGUUUACUUCUUGUUCUUCAUCAUCAAGAAAAAUCAUGAACAAACCCUGUAAAAUUGU